UUCAUAUUUACGCACAUUGUAUAUGUAUUUCCGUUUAUACGUAUGGUAUAUACACAUGUAUGUACGUAUAUAGAGAUAAGCAAAGCAUAUACUUAAAUUCCAAUAACACUACACUUCUUAAUGUAGAAAAAUAAUAAAAAAUUAUGAAAAUUACAUAUACUCUAUUGUUAGAGCAAAUAAAUUCAUUUUAUGCAUUAUAUUAAUGUGUUUUAUUACAGUUUAUGUUCUAAAAACUUAAAUAUCACAUAAAACUACAAAGUGAUAGCAUCUAAUCAUUAAAACAAAAAUUAACCUCUUGAGCGGGCAUAGCGGAUAUAUCUGUUCCUGUUAAUUGUUCGCUUGGUGAGCCAAGCGAAUACAUAUAACUUUACGUAGUUAGAACUGGCGCUGACUUUCGUUAGUUUGAUUAGAAUCACACGAUCAACCCUCUAGUCGAAAGCAGCAAGCAAUGUUAGUGGAGUAAGAGGGUUGAAGGAAAAUUCGACGCUAGGGGUGGCGUACAAGUGUUGGGCGCCAUCUAUUCGUUCAGUGUCUGACUAUCCUCUGAAGACCUGUGUACUCGCGACCGUAUUACCAGAUUAUUGCGACAUUUCGUGUGACAAUUUAAUUCAGUGCAUCGUGUCAUAACAAAGUGACGAGUGAACGCAUUAAAACGGAUACAACAAGAAUGGACAGGGUAUUAAGAGAAAUGAAUGUGGCGUGGCGAUGACAAGCCUGAUCUUGGAAAACGCAGACUUGAACCGACUUUUCCCGAAAUGUCGGCCUAGGGGUGGCCCACCCCCGAGUCCGGGGGCCUCCACACAGAUCAGUCAGCCGCAUGAGAGCCUCUGCCAGAAGGAGGCCGUCUCUGUUACCACCAGCCUCACGACUAGCCUCACAAAUACACUCGCGACUACGUUCGCAAACACUCACUCCAAGAACACACAUUCAACGCACUCACAAGCGAUACCGGAAGACAUGAUCGACCUCGAGCGUGAUAUCUCCGAUAGGACAACGAACAUGGUGUCCGGUUUUACAGGUGACAGUCAACUAUCUGUUGGUGUUAGCAGUGGUACAAGCAAUGUUGGUGGUCCUCUUGGAACAUUUAAUUCGCUUGGUGCACUUAAUACUAAACCGCUUUCUUCAAGCUCCUCGUCUGCCUCUGGACAUAGUGAAGAUGCACAACAAUAUGGUAGCCUUCCAGGUAGUGAUCAGCAGAGUCACUCACAACAGGAUGAUAGUGGGCCUGAGGAAAGCCCUGUAUACAUUUUAACUUCUGCAAAGGGUGAUCGCAGUUACAAAUUAAGGGACUCCAGAAUUAUAGAAAUUGCUGGUGGACGAGAAGUUUUUUCUCAGAGUCGAGGUAAAGUAGCAGCUAGAAAAUCACGCUUUCUUGCGGCAUCAAAUUCCUUAAAUAAUGAAGACAUUCAAACAGAUAACAAGCUAUCAGUUAAAAGAAAUAAUAAAUCACCAAACACUCAAACUAUAUGGGAAUUAAGAAGCCGAUGCGGUGAUACAAGAAAGCAGCGUUCUAAUAGAGAAGUCACAGAAACUGUAUUUUCUUCAGAAAUACAUUCGGUGCGACAUAAUCCAACAAAAUCUAUUGACUAUGAUUCCCCUAAGAGCAAUCACAGCAAUCGUAUUAUUAACUAUGACUCAAUUUUGAAUAGCAAUAAUGUAGAAUAUGGUAUAUCAAAAAAUACUGCGGAUCUUGAUUAUGGAUUAUCAAAAAGCUGCAUAGAUUAUCAAUCAAAUCACACUACGCCAGCAAGAAGCAUGGCUAUCGUUAGUGAUGGUGAAGUAGUUGUCUUUGAUGACAUUGAUGAUAAUUGGCAAAAUUUGCGACUAGACUUAACUUCUAACAAUACCAAUCAAGUUACACCAACUAAUUUAAGCCUCGAAACUGAGGAAUCUCAAAGAGGUCGCAUUCCUCCAGAACCCUUAAGUUCUAGCAUUGGAAGUACACCGAGCCCAACAACGGCAUAUCAUCGUAAUACUUCAGAAUUUUUUAAGGUUAUUACUCCAGCUAGUGAUUGUGAAGUAGACUCACCAUCUUCAGAACGUAAUCACAAAGUAACAAGAGUAAUUGGUGAAUUACCAAUAGCACAAUAUUCUGAAAGUCCACGACGUUACGGAGUACGUGAUACUCAACUUCCAUGCCUUUUGUCAUCACCAUCUGUAUACAUGACACCAAGGCCUGGUUUUCCACAGAGAGUAUUACCGACAACGCCAAGUCAUAAUGAGAAGGAGGAUACUUCUGCAGAAAUCAUCGUAGAAAAGGCUGUGGUAGAAACAAAUAUAAAUUAUUCUGAUGAUCAAGCUGUAAAUGCCUCUCCUCCAUCUCCUAAAAUUGAAGAUGAAGAAGAAGACUCUUUAAAACCAUCAACUAUACCUACAGAUAAUAUAAGCAAUUUGGUAUCAUCUGGUGGUAGUACAUUUGAUUAUUUAUAUGAAUUCUCAGAAACUCGAAAAGUACUUGAGGAAUUCUUUAAAUGUCCACCACCAACAAAAGAAAAGGAAAACAGUACUGAGUCUUUCCCAUUUCAGGAUUUGGAUUAUGAAUUGCGGAGACAAGGAGGAAGUGCUUAUGUUGGUCAACGAUUAGCUAGUGGUCCACCAACAACAGAGGAAGUUCUAGUUCAUGAAUCUCCCAAGAAACAAAGAGCAGAUUUUCCACAAAAUGCUGGUGAACAUGAAAAUAAUUUCUUAGACCUCUCAGUAGGUACUGGCAGUAGUGAGGAUCUCGGAGAAACAGAGGUUGGAUUGCAAGUCGGGCACUCUCGCAAUUUUACAUUGAGUCCUGAAACAACUGAUUGCGACAGUAAUUGUGGAGAUCUCGAUAGUGAAGUUUCAUUAAUGAUGAUGGAUAAUGAAUUAAUACCAGCUAGUGGUCUUCUUGGAUCAGUUGGUGAUUUAGGAAAUAAUUCAGAUUCAUUGAGAAUAUAUGCUAGCAUGCCAGUUCUUGAAGAUGGCUUAUCUAGUGGACACGCCAGUGAUACUGAUAAUAAUAAUCCAACUGUGAUGUUGAUGAAGCGACAAAUUAAUGAAAUUGAAAAAGAAAUUAUUCAACGUAGUCGUAUUAAUGAUAGUACUCAUCCAGCUACCACAGAGAAUGAUUCAGUUGGGAAAGAUCUCUCUGGCUUAAAUGUCGGUAAAGAUAUUUUGCAUUCCUUAAAAACUUCAUCGCCUGAUCUAUUUGUUCCUAAGAAAGAAAAUUCGUAUGAUACAAAUGAGCUUCAGCUUGAUGGUUUGGAUCCUCUUGGCACACCGCCACCACCGGCACCUCAGGCUAGACAAAGCGUUAAUCUAGAAAUAGGUGGUGAAGUUGAAGCUGCUAUUAAAGACAUUAGAAUGGCUUUACAAAGGACUAAGACUUUGCCUGUAAAAUCUUCUACAGAAGAACCAGCUGAACCUAAUGUCAGUCCUAUUUGGAUACCAAGUCUAUCGGAUGGCAGGCGGAGAAUUUGCGUGGAAAAUAAUAGCGAAGAGUCGGAAGUUCGUCGUACGGGUGAAGAAGCAGAUGUUGAAAUCGAGGAGGGUCCAGAUGAAGAAGAGGCAGAUACUGACCUCGAAACUGAUCGUUUACUUGGACAGCAAAGAACAGACGACCAGGGUUUUUACGACGACAAGGGGUGGAGGAAGCCUAAGACUAGGACAAUGUUACCACCGAUGAGUGGAAAAGUGCCAACUCCUAAGCAAACUCCCCCGAAAAGCCUGAGUGUCGUUCCAGUAGAAAGCCCGCUAGCACCUUCGGAACCCUUAGCUUCGACCUCAGCCUGUGUAUCCACUUCCGCUUCUGCCUCUAUUUCACCUCCUCCAGUAGUUUCCGUUAUUCAAGCCCCGCCUUCCGAUUGUGAUGUUACUACUCCCUCACAACCUACGACAAGUCCACAGAAGACUCCAGCCAAAAAUUCUCCCUCGUCCCCUCAGAGUCUCAAGGAAUCCAGCAACAAGGUGAAAAAGGAAAAAGAAGAGAAGAAGAAAAGCAGAAAUAAAGAAGCUCUUCUCAACGAUUCUUCAGUUUUGAUCGAAGGAGUAUUGUUCCGAGCCAGAUACCUCGGAUCUACUCAGCUCGUCUGCGAGGGAGAACCUACCAAGUCGACUCGUAUGUGUCAGGCAGAGGAAGCUGUGUCUAGGAUAAAGGAGGGGCCAAUGGCUACGGGUAUGCAGGCUACGCUGUUAAACUAUGGGGGGCAGCAAGGGUUUGGUCGGUGCAGCGUUGCAUCGCAAGGAAGCUUCGAGGAAGAUGAAUGCGACUCGAGUGAAGAACUCAUAGGGAACGCAUCUGGUGGGGGCCAGUCCGAGUCGCAGACUGUGGGGCUCCAACCAAAACUGGCCCCGAUCAGUGGCUCUAUGGAGCCCACCACCGUUUUCAGGCUUCACUUUCUCGGAUCGGUUGAAGUUGAAGAGGAAGGGAGACGUAAGCGCCUUAACAACCACAUAGUGCGGGAGGCUGUGACUAAGAUCAAGGCAUUGGCACCGGAUGGCGAAACUCAACCAAGUACGGAAGUUGAUUUGUUCAUCUCGACGGAAAAGAUCAUGGUUUUGAAUACGGAUCUAAAAGAGAUCAUGAUGGAUCACGCGUUAAGAACAAUAUCUUAUAUAGCAGAUAUUGGUGAUGUAGUGGUGCUAAUGGCACGAAGACGAUUUGUACCACACGAAAUGGAAGAGGCGCCGAAAAUCAACAGAACUCCAAAGAUGAUUUGUCACGUGUUUGAAAGCGAAGAAGCCCGAUUUAUUGCACAAAGCAUCGGACAAGCAUUUCAAGUAGCUUACAUGGAAUUCCUUAAAGCAAAUGGAAUAGAAGACCAUAGUUUCGUAAAAGAAAUGGAUUAUCAGGAAGUACUCAAUUCUCAAGAAAUAUUCGGUGACGAACUACAGAUGUUUGCCAAAAAGGAAAUGCAAAAAGAGGUUGUGGUACCAAAGGCGAAAGGCGAAAUUUUGGGUGUAGUAAUUGUUGAAUCUGGAUGGGGUUCUAUGCUACCGACAGUUGUAAUUGCAAAUUUGGCACCAGCUGGAGCGGCUGCUCGUUGCGGACAAUUAAAUAUUGGUGAUCAGAUAAUAGCCAUCAAUGGUGUUUCAUUAGUUGGCUUGCCUCUCUCCACUUGUCAGACUUACAUCAAGAAUUCCAAAAAUCAGACAGUCGUCAAGCUAACUGUCGUUCCGUGCGCGCCAGUAGUCGAGGUCAAAAUCAAAAGACCUGACACAAAAUAUCAAUUAGGAUUUAGUGUACAGAAUGGAGUAAUAUGUAGUCUACUAAGAGGCGGUAUCGCUGAAAGAGGAGGUGUUCGAGUGGGUCAUAGGAUUAUCGAAAUUAACAAUCAAAGCGUCGUCGCCGUGCCCCACGAGAAGAUCGUCAAUCUUCUUGCCACAUCCGUCGGCGAAAUAUUAAUGAAAACGAUGCCCACGUCGAUGUUUAGGCUACUAACUGGCCAGGAAUCUCCAGUGUACAUAUAAGCGUUUGAUUGCCUGGCUGAUAUGCGUAGUGAACAGACAAUACAUCCGCCAUCCACUACCAUAUUAUUCAAUACUCUACUCUCUGUACAGAUUUAUUCUACGCAAAUUGCUUUGUGUUUCGAUUCUUGUGAAAUUCUAUUCGUAUAUUCUCACCAGCUCCUGCUUAGCAAAGCAACAAAAUUUACGUAAACACGUUGCGACAAAUAUUAAUAUAUUGAAUAUUUACAUAAAGCAAAAAAAAUAUAUAUAUAUACAUAAUAUAUACAUAAACAUUUUAUUUAUGAAUGAGAUUCUCUAUGUCUGUUUUCCAGUCUAGUAUUCGUACAACUAUUAAAAAAUAAUAUCCAGAUGCUGAAACUACAACCAAUUCUUGCAAACCAAAAAUACGUUUGAUGAAUUUUCAUCCAUACUUCCUCACCAUUGUCUAAUGUGUUUUUAUUUUCUAUUGCCUUACAAAAUAGUGGAAUAUUUUAUGUAUUGGAAAAAUUAUUUAUUAUAUAUGUGGAAAAGGUGUUAUUGUAUAUUUAUUUUCAAAGACUGCAAUGUAAGCAACUUUUGAAGUAAAAAGCAAUAAUUGUGUUGCUAGCACUUUAUAUGUGCAUACAUUUGUGUAUAUCUUCAUACAUUAUGUAUAUUUGUUUUCAACAAGUCUUUACUAAAUAAUACAUUUGUAAUGUAUAUUUAUGAGAAUAUAAUUUAUUACAAAAAGGAAAUGAUAAGUAGAUUGACAUUUAUAUUUACAGAAGCUCUUUUUGUAAAACAAAUGCAGAGAGGAAGACAAAAAAUUGAGUAAUUAAAUUCCAUGUAUUCAAACACAAUGAAUACAGAAAUAAUAUAUGUUGCGAAAUCAGCAUCGAGAAUCGCAUUCCACGCGCGAUAAGAAAAGCGAAAUAUGCAGUGCACACGAUUAUACAUAGCACAAAGCUCUUUACCACCGUUUAGAGCAGGGCUGGAACUCUCUGUACAUUACAUAGUUAACGACGGAGUAUGUUUCUGGAAGGGCCUUCAUAUAUUUUGUUGGCUUCAUGUUAAAUUACAUCGUUUAUUUAGUCUUUUCUAUCCGCGAGUUACAAUUCUUUUAGUUUUUUAAUUUUUACUAAUAUUAAGAUCUACUGUCUACUACAUAAUGUUUCGAAUACGACGUGUCGCGAUAAAUAUCACGGUAGUUAUACUGAAGAGUACUCCGUGUAAUAUUUUAUUACAUCAACAAAAUUUUUGUUUACAGUGAUCUUUUUUAGAACUAUAUCUUUUUUGAUAAAGGAAUACUUUUGGUUGUUGUUAACAAUUACUUUGAUCAAAUCAAAUUGCUAAUACCAAGUAUUAUUGAUACAUAGAAAGAAAUUUAAUAUUCAACGUUGUAUGGGCAUCGAGAUGUACUAUCGAAAAUUCUGUACUUCUUUCUUUGUUAAAAUUAUUAUACCGAACAUUAUAACACUAAAUAUACUUUAACAAAGUGUCUUUCCAUAAUGUUGUAUUCUAAAUUUAAAUUUACUUACGCUUUGAUAAUUAUUGUAAGAUAAAAAAAACUUCAACAACAAAAUUUCACGUUAGGAAAUACAAAAAUAUUUUUCUGUGUAUCGAUACCAUAAUACAGGAAAUAUGAAUAAUUGUUUUUAGAAUUUUACUUCUAAAUUUUAAGUUUAAGAUUUCGUUUAACAAUUGAACAUAACACUCUAUGAAUUGCUAUUGGAGUAAAUAUAUGAUCAACAAAACAACAUCUGUAUGUAACAUAUUGCGUAAAAAUGAACGCACUUAUUUUUAUUACUGAUGGAUGAUGAUAUUUUAAUGUCGUCAGUCGUAACCGACUUACAUGGUGCAAUAUUACUCCAUCAUUUUUUCACAAUUAAUGUAAUCAAGUGAGAACAAUCUUAUUAAUUAUACAAGCAUUUACAGUUAUCACGAUUGAAACAUGAUCUUAUUAAACUAUUUAGAAGAUACUCUUUACUUAUCGAAUAUAAAUUAACUUAACAGAGAAAAACGUUUUAAUCUCGAUUUUAUGUAAUAUUGCGACUGAAAAAUUAUUAACAUUUACAAAUGGUAACUAAAUAAUAUUAACAUGGAGAGGAGUUCUCUUCUAUGUAAAUACCGCGCAUCAGCACCCAUUGAGUUCCAUCAACAUUUUGCUGGAAGCUUUCCACUUCAACUAACGACAGAUACGCGAUAUGCAAAUCUUAAGAUUUCUAAUGAAAGUUUGAUAAAAUUUCAAUGCCAAAGUACAUUAAAUAACUAUAUUAAAUAUGAUAUGUCAGAUCGCAUGAUUUUCUUAACUAUUCAUCAUGAUAUGUACGUAAUAAUAAUUUUCCUUUUUAAUAUCAAAUUUCAAUUCAUAAUAAUUUCUGUCUUCUAAAUAAACUUUCAUAGAAAGUCAAGCUUAAUAUUUGUAAAAGAUUACAAGUGAAAUUACGAAAAAAAAGCUUAAAUUACUUUUGUUCUUUAUGUAAACAACAAUACCAAAUUCAUGAUAGAGAUUCCUCGUUAUUUUGUUGCUUUUAUAUUUUUAUUAUCUCAAGGAAAAUAUCUUCUUUUUUCUGUUUUACAAUAGGAUUGUGUUUUCUUCAUUUUUGUAUCUAGUACUACUUCCAGAUCCUCUUAUUUCCAUUUUUAUUACUUUAUUAUUAAGACAUUGAGAAAUUAAAAUAAUUCAUGUAUGUAUAUAGGUACCUCAAGAUUGAUUAAAACUUAAUAUUUGCUUCAGAAAGAAACUAUCUAAAUAAUAUGCCAUCGUUUAAUAAAUUCAUAAUAUAAGAAAUACAUCAACUGCGACAUUUUUUGCAUACUAUUAAUAAAAUUCUCGAUUAAAUUUCCUUUUAAUUAGAGUAAAUUAAGUGCAAAAUUACGUACUUCUCGCAAAAAGAAUUCUUCCAAAUUUUUUACCAUAUUAAUGUUUUCUCUUCUCUUUUUAUUUUCUCCUCUUCAUAAUUAUUUGAAUUGCAAUGAUUAUAUGGCACUAUAUUUAUAAUUUUCCAUAACAAAAUAUUUAAAAAAUGAUUAAAGCAAUCUUAUUUUGUUGCAUAGCUAUUCCGUGUAUUCCAAAGAUGAUAUAGGUAAAAAUAAAUAUAUUUUACAAAAUGAUGCAACCUUGAAGUAUCUAUGUUAUAGAAUACAUUUUAUUAUUUAUUGAAUCUUUGUUUUAUCACAAACAAAGAAAAAAUCACGAUAGAACAUCUUUCAAGUGUAGAAAGGAAAUCAAAAAGAAAAGCGAUUACAAAGGAAAGAGUGAAUGUGAGAGAAAGUAAUUGAAACGGAUAAUAAUUUCGCCGCUUAAAGAAUUAUAUGAUUUUACAAAUCCUAUUUAAACCAGUUUGUUGUAAUAUCAAAUAAUAUGUACAAAAAUGUAGUUUAUACUAAUUUUAUUUUGUCUGCAUUUAAUCAGUGCCAUUUAUAAUGCCCUGGAAUUGAACUUUUUUAUGUUUUAUUACAUAUACAAAAGUUAUGUUUUAGUAAAUAAAAAUAUGCGCAUGCUUGUGUAACGGAUCUGAGUGGAAAAUUCUACCAUUUUAAUUCUAAUAGAAUGAUUUGACAAUUUUUCGUUGGGACACUAUUUGAAAUGAAUGACAAACAACGUUUUAAUUUAAAACUUCAAUUUAAUAUUGUCGAAUGCACACAAAAAUACAGCACAUUUUUAAAGAUAGUUAUAGGAACAUUGCUGCAACCAAAGAAAUUAUGUUUCUCAACGCAUAAAAAUUUAAUAAAUCAAAUAAAAAUGCUUAUAUACAUAUAAUGCAACAGUUUUGUGUAAAUUUGUUAAAAUUUAUUUAAAUUUAAGUAUAUGUCUCUAUCAAGAAAUACAAUUCUAUCAAACAGUAUACUGGUAUAAAAAGUUGAUUUCUUCCAUUUUGUCUAAUACCUUAUAAUUCAGUUCUAUAAAGAUUCUUCAAAAUUACUGUCAUCAUUUCCGUCGGGAAAUAUGCUUCAUUUAUUAAAGCAAAAGUCUAUAAUGAUAAAUCCACAUACACCAAUGUACACUUUGCAGUAAACUGAUAUAAUUUAUAUUUCUUAUAUCACACAUAUAAUAUAUACAUAUAUAUAUAUUAUGUGUGCGCGCGCGCGCACGUAUGUGCGUGUGUGAAAAAACGCAAUGCGAAAUUUCAUAUCUUUUUUUUUACAAUUGAAAUUGCGCAUUUCGGACAAGAUAUAUACAUACAUAAUUAUCCUUUUUCUCCGAAACGCACAAUUUCAAUUGUAAAAAAUACAUUAAAUUUUGCAUUGCGCUUUUUUUCAAUUCCUUAUUCUAUAUCGAACGUAAACACAUGAAUUCAUGAUAAUUUAUGAUUAAUCGAAAACAUGGAUAAAUGUAAAAGUUUUUCGAAAUUUAUUUUUUUAGAGAAGAAACGUCUUUAAAACAAGAUUAGUAAUAAUAAUAAUUCCUACAAAUAAUAUAUAUUUUAUUUUUAUAUAAAUUUCUUUUAAUGGAGAAUAUUUUCGCAGAAUCGUUUAUUGUCGUCAAGAACUUCAAUUUAAGUUCAACUGUGCAUUCAUAGUGGACAUAUUAUAUAAAUUAUAAUUUUAUAUUUGUAUGUUUAUUUCAAAAUUAUACAAUCCUAUGUACGAUAACAAAUCUGGUUUUAAUUAUUAAUAUCUGGUUAUUUAUAUAUUCCGCAUUUCAGUUGAAGUGAUUUACGCUUUUUGGAAUUGCAUUUAAAAAGUGAGAAAGAACUUACAAAUAUACGCAAAUACAUUUUGUAUAAUAUAAAUCCACUCGAUACGUUUCCCAAGAAAUACUAUUUUUGAUCGCAGACGAUUAAUGCUGCUGUUUAUAAUCUAUUUAAUGCAAGAUAAUUUACAUUUAUUUAUUCACCCAUUUUUUAUCAUUCAGAAAUCAUUAUUGCUUUUGCUUCACAAGGUUUUUACUGCAUAUCUGCAUAAUAUAGAUAUUUUAAAUAAAUGGAAAUCACUUUAAAUCCAAUACAGUGAAUAGAAUAGCGAUACCUAUUAGAAAUAUAUGAAUUAAAAAAGAUGUUAAUUCGUUCAGUAAAAACUUACAUUGUUCGCACGUUGAAUGUUACUUGAUUUAUACGAGAUAGGUACAUAUGAGGUGGUUGAGAAAAGUUCAUUACGCAUAAUGUACCAACUCCAAAAUAACAAAUAAUAUUUCCUAACAACAUUAAUGUACUUUGGAAUGUUUAUUACUUAAUAAUAAAUAAUAUUUCAUUAAUAUCAUUAUUAUAAUACGUAUGUAAUAUUUAUAACAGUUACUUCUUUUAUAUUUUCGAUCCUAAAUUGUAAUUAUUCAAUUGAAAAGAUUAUUUAUAUGAUACUUUACACAUGCACAUUUUAUUAUUUCUGCUAAUGUCCAAACGUAUUCUCAAUACUUUUUUUAUACAUUUACUAUAUUUUCAGAAAAGGUUACAUUUCUUGCAAUAUUUCUGAUGCAAAAAUCUUAUUUCAUUUCGUAAAUCACGAAUGUGUCUUAAUCAUUCUUUUAAUUUAUUUUAUAUAAAUAUCAAGACAAGAAACGCUUUGUUCUAUAAUAUGAGGAAAAUGAUAGAGAUAAUCAACGUGUCAACAAUUGCAAUUUCAAUAUAUUGCAUUUUUUAUAAUUAUGUUUACUUUCAAUCAAACUAUCUUUCUAUUAUAUAGAUUUAACAUACGCGUACUAUUAUACACGUACUAUUUUUCUAUGUAUGCGGUUUUUUCUUUAGAUUAUUUUAUAUCUACUUGCCAUGAUAGCUGAUAUCUAAUUAUACAUGUCGUGCAGAUACGUUGUUUUAUUGCUAUUUUAAAACAGUCCUUUUUCGCCUCAUAUUUUACGACUAGAUACAAUAACGAUAUAAAUUUUAUACCAUGAAGGAUUUAUUUAUACAUUUAAUCCUUAUGGGUGCUUUCAUAGAAUUAUAGAAAAAGCAAGUCUUAAAUAAAUUCCGAAAGUUCAUAUUCGAUUGUAAAAAAACGUAAGCAGCGUGUUGCACAUCGCAUAUCACAUUAAAUGUAUACACACAUAUAAUAUUGAACAACACGCGUUUCCCUUCAUCAGAAAAUCCUGUCAAACUCUUUCGGACGAUUAUGUUCAUAAAAUGAACACAAUCGUUUACAUAUAGUAUUAUGUACUUCUUUUUUAUUCUCUUACUUAGAUACCAUUCAUAAAACAUCUACUCUAAGUAAACUCUAAAUAAGUUUCUUUUAGAUCUUUGGUACUUUUCUGUCAUUUUAUAAUUUACAUUUUAAUUAUUUGAAAAUAUAAAAAAUCUUACAUCGUAUAACUUUGUUACUUUCAACCGAAAGCUUUUUCAUUACUUAUGAAAUAUUUAAUAUCAUUUUUUAUCUGCAAAUUCACUGUAUGAACAGGUAUAUUUCUAAAACGUACCAUAAAAUAGCGCCUUAUACAAAGUGUUGUACGUAUAUCGACGAAGUUUUCGGGAAAAAGGGAAACGAUAAAAUGUUCUUUUGAGUUAUGUGGAGACUGCGCCCGGAAACGUUGACACAAAUUUAGAAUACAAAUGUCCUAUGUAUAAAAAAGAAAUGAAUUUUGGCAUGGAAAUUUUUAUCCAUAUAUUUGGUAAACAAAGGAAUGAUACGAAUAAAAUAUAUGGGAUCAAACAUGUUUAUAUUGGGUGGCCGAAAUUUAUCUAGUCAUUACGCUAAUUGUAAGAGUAAGAUAAAACAUGCAUAUGUACUUGUAUACAUAUGUACGCAUAUAAAUACGUAUAUAUGCAGAAAUCGAUACAAAUAUAAAUAUAAAUAUAAAUAUAAAAAUGAAUGCAAAUAUAAAUAUGAAUACAAAUAUAAAUACAUACAUAUAUAUGUGUGUGUGUGUAUAUAUAGAUAGAUAGAUAGAUAGAUAGAUAUAAAGAUAAAAAUAAAAUAAAAUAUACAGCCACCGUGAACCACCCUGACUGAAUGUGUCUGUUUAGCAUAUUUUAAUAACAUUAGCAAAAUAACAUUAUUGUCGAUCUGACCUUGCGUGGUUGUUGAUAGAACAUUUUUUUUUCAAGCAGUAAAGUUAAUGAAGUUUUUAUUAGUUGAAUGUAUCCCUGCAUUUACUUUUGUUAUGCGUUGGAAAGUUGUGAAGCAUAUUCGUAAAGAAAAUUCUAAAAGUGUAAUAUCAAUACAAAAUAUCACAUUUCAUUGCAUAACAUGUGUUAAACGUAUAAGAAACAUACGCGGUAUUGAAAAUGUUAUAGCAUACUGUUAAUCACAGAAUAUAUUUAACAUAAUUACUUAAAAAAAAAAAUUUUUUAAAGAAUUAUAUCAACGCAAAGAACUGUUAUAAAUUAGAAAAGUAAACUAUACGGAAUUUCUUAUGACUGCUUGUGCAGUAAGGACUACAGACAUAUACAUAUGCAUAUAUAAAUAUAUAGGUAUACAUAUAGUAUAUAUAUAUAUAUAUAUACUACAUAUAUACACGUAUGAAACCGCAAAGAUUUGCAACGCGAGUUACUAGGUAUACAUAUUACUCUAAUGUACACGUGAAAGUAAUCGCUUCUCGACAAAUUGUUUAAAGAGCUUCGAUACAUUGAAUCGAAUAAUUCGUAUAAGAAAAAAAAUUCAAUGAAAAUUCAAGAGAUUGUCUUUUUAUUAUGCUUUUUUCAUUCAUCAUAAAUGAAGAGUUUCGUCGAUUUAAAAUUUAAAAUGAUUGUUAUGCAAAUAAACUUACAUAUGUAGAACAUAUUCCAAUAAAAAUGCUCAUACUAUAGCAAAUAAUAAACAUUCAUGUGUUCGAAAAACAAACAGUUUAUAUUCGAAAGAAUUGAAAAAAAUAUUUUUAAUUCACAAUAAAUAAUGUGAUGAUGUCCGAAAAUUACUUGUAUUGACGAAAAAAAGGAAGAAAGAAACGCGUUGAAGAACGAAAAUGAAUAACAGAUAAAUAAUUUAUAGAUUUUAUAUAAAAUUAAAGACUUAAAUUUUUGUCGAAAAUAUCCGUAAGUGAAAAGUAAAAAGUAAAAAAGAAAACAACGAGUUUUUAUUUACCGAAAUAUAGUUAGAUCUUAUCGGCUAAUAUUACACAUGUAAAAGGUGUUAUGGUUAAUAAUUAUAUCAUGGAAAACGUAAAUUCUAAACGUGAAAUAAAAGUUCAUAUUUAUUAAUUUUUGAUUCGUUAUUUGAACGUAAUUAGAUUUUAUUGUAUUCCUUUUCUUUAUAUCAAUAAAGAACAGAUGAGCCUGAUGCAUCAAUUUUAGCUAAAUUAAGCGAGCAUACAUAUACAUUUGAAUAUAUUAAUGUUUCAUUAAAGCAGUUUAAUGUUAAUAUUGAAACAGAAAAAAUGUAUAAGUUGUCAUAAAAAUAGCCAAUUUAGGUUAGUAUAAAUAUACUUUUGAUGUAAGUUAAUAUUAAUUUUAAGGGAAGUUUUGUAUAGAAAGGGGAAAGUCAAUUUUGAGAGAGGAAAUGUUAAUUUAAUAAUGAUCACUAAUCGGGUAAAGUCAGUGCAAACGAUAGACACAACAUUACCUUAAACAAAUCAUAUUGGUAAGAUGAUCUAAACACAACCAUUUGUAAUGUCGAUACGAUAAGUGAUAAAAUAUAUCUUAUACAUAAAUAGAGCUUGCGCUAUAGCUUCAUCAGUCAUGAAACAUGCUACAAAAUAUUAUGACUGUCUUUAUCAAUGUUUGUGGAUGUAUUAUAAGUUAUAAAUUAUAAGUAAGCUAUUAAAUGUGUACAUCGUAAUAUUAUACUAGUCCAUAUUAAGAUAAUAAAAUGUAAUUUUGAAUUCAA